CAUAACCAUAUUAUAAAUAAGUAGAUGAAAAAUCAAACCCUGCACCGUGGCAAAGUAGUCAAGUCACAUAUGGCAAGCGCCACCUUACUUACAAUUCUCAAACUUUUGAUUACUUUCAUAUUUGCAGCUUGGAUUUCUCUUUGGCUUCUAAAGCCAACCCAAGUAUGGACCAGAAAAUGGAAACAUGCAGAACAAAGUGCCAAUAAUACAAUUUUUGGAUACUAUGGUCUAAACUUUGCUGUGUAUACAUUUCCAAUAAUUGCUAUUGCUAUUAUUGGACUUCUUUUCUUGGAUUUGAAAGCUGCAUAUCAAAGAAACAGAAGUUCAAGGAGUUCAUCAAAAAUCUUCUCAAAUCCACUAGUGGUGAAUAGUUUGAUUGGAAUCUUAUCAAGUAUUGAAAUCCUAGCAGUUUUCCUUGUUAUAGUUUUCUUGGCAUGGACUUAUUAUGCUCGUAUUUCGAAUGAUUUCAAAAAGUUGAUGCAAGAUAAAUCACUGAAAUUGAACUUAUGGCAACUUAAGUAUCUCAGAAUAGCAACAAGAUUUGGUUUGCUAGCAGAAGCUUGUUUGGCGUUGCUUCUUCUUCCAAUUUUAAGAGGGUUGUCUCUAUUUCGAAUAUUUGGUAUUCAAUUUGAAGCUUCAGUUAGGUAUCACACAUGGAUUGGUACUGCAAUGAUACUUUUUGCUACAAUACAUGGUAUCAGCACUUGGUUUGUUUGGGGGGUCAGCCACCAUAUACAACAUGAGAUUUGGAAGUGGCAAAAGACAGGACGUAUAUACCUUGCUGGAGAGAUUGCACUUGUUGUUGGGCUAGUUAUAUUUGUUUCUUCACUUCCCCAAAUCAGAAGAAGAAAGUUUGAAAUUUUCUACUACACACAUCAUUUGUAUAUAGUCUUUCUAGUAUUUUUCUUGUUUCAUGCUGGAGAUAAGCACUUCUAUAUGGUCUUCCCAGGAGUAUUCCUUUUUAGUCUAGACAAACUGCUCCGAAUAAUUCAAUCAAGCCCAAAAACCUGCAUGGUUUCAGCAAGAAUUUUUCCCUGUGAUGCUGUGGAACUAAUUCUGCCUAAAGAUCCAAGACUAAAGUAUAACCCUACAAGUGUUAUAUAUUUGAAGAUACCAAAUAUAUCUCAUCUUCAAUGGCAUUCAUUCAGUAUAAUAUCUAGUUCCAAAGGUGAUGAAAAUAUUAUGUCUGUGAUGAUUAAAUGUCAAGGGUGGUGGACAAAUACUCUUUAUGACUUGAUACAAACUGAACUGAACAAAGGUGCUGAUAAAAGGAAGGGUAUACCUGUUGCAAUUGAAGGACCUUAUGGUCCUGCUGCAUUAGAUUUUUUAAAAUAUGACAGUGUACUUAUGGUUGCUGGAGGGAGUGGAAUAACUCCAUUUCUGAGCAUUUUGGCAGAAAUCGAUUCAACUACCAACAGAAAUAAAUUUCCUUCAAGGAUAGAACUUGUGCAUGUCAUUAAGAGGGCACAAGACAUUUGUCUGUUACAUUCCAUCGUGCAUCUGCUAGUCAACCAAACAAGCGAAAAAUUUCAUUUGAAACUGAAAUUGUUUGUAACGCAAGAAACGCAACCAGGCAUGGGAAUUACAGAGCUGUUAAAUGAGUUCGUUAAAGUAAAAACCCUGCAAUUGGACAGUGUGAGCUCAAAUUAUUAUGCAGCAUAUGGACCUGAAAGUCCAGUUUGGAUGGCUGCUAUUACGGGAUGCUGUUCCAUCACUUUCUUUGUUUUUCUAAUAUGUUUCAACCAUAUUAUAAUUCCAUCUGAAAAGCAUUCCAAAUUGUCUAAAGAAAAGACUCCAUCUUGGAUUGUGGAUCUAGUUCUGAUAGCUGCUUUUGUCCUAGCUUUAUCUUGCAGCACUUUGAUAGCAAUUGUGUUGAGAUGGAGAAGGCUGAAGAAAGGGGUUCGCCCAACGUCGCAGACAGAAAUUAAACCCUUAGAUCUAAGUUCAGCUGACACUAAGAAUGCUCUUGAAGAACAUGAAGUUCAUUUUGGAGGAAGGCCUAACUUUAAAGAUAUAUUAGGCAAGUUCAAGAAUGAAACGUCUGGAUCUAAUGUUGGAGUUUUGGUUUGUGGUCCUGAGAGCAUGAAGGGAUCAGUGGCGGCCGCGUGCCAGCAAGAAUCUGAGUGUUCUAAGUUAAGUGUAGAGACAACAAAACCAUGCUUCACUUUCCACUCUCUCAACUUCACACUUUAGUACCAACACAACUCUGUUGUUGUUUGGUGAUUAGUAUACCUUUGCCUUCAUUCCCAAGUUUUCAAAUUCCCAUAGUUAUGUAGUUCAUCAAGUCAUGAAUUUCAAUAAGCUUUCUGAGAGCCCACAUGGAAAAUCAUAUAUCUAUUUACAUGUAGUCAUCACU